AUGACUGCCCCUCCACCUUUGUACGAAUCCUCGCUCGACCUCAUCGGUAACACUCCGUUGAUCCAGCUCAACCGUAUUCCUCAAUCCUAUGGAAUCAAGGCCAAGAUCUACGCUAAAGUUGAAUUGUUCAACGCUGGUGGUUCCAUUAAGGACAGAAUCGCCAAGAACAUGGUGUUAGAGGCUGAAAAGCAGGGCAGAAUUAAGCCAGGCUACACCUUGAUCGAGCCUACCUCCGGUAACACCGGUAUCGGGUUGGCAUUGGUCGGUGCUGUCAGGGGAUACAGAACUAUCAUCACCUUGCCAGAGAAGAUGUCCAACGAGAAAGUUUCUGUGUUGAAGGCCUUGGGUGCUGAGAUCAUCAGAACCCCAACCGAGGCUGCCUGGGACGCCCCUGAGUCGCAUAUCGGUGUGGCUCGUAAGUUGGAAAAGGAGAUCCCUAACUCGGUCAUUUUGGACCAAUACGCCAAUGAGGCCAAUCCAAAUGCCCACUACUACGGUACUGGUUUUGAAAUCUGGGACCAAACCAAGGGUAAGGUCACCCACCUUGUUGCUGGUGCUGGUACUGGUGGUACAAUCAGUGGUAUCUCCCGCUACUUGAAGGAACAGAACCCCAAGAUUAAGGUCGUCGGUGCUGAUCCUCAUGGAUCCAUCUUGGCCCAGCCAGAAUCUUUGAACACCUCGACCGAAGGCUACAUGGUCGAAGGUAUCGGUUACGAUUUCAUUCCAGACGUCUUGAACAGAGAAUAUGUCGACUCGUGGCUCAAGACUGACGAUGCCGAGUCCUUCAAGUUGGCCAGAAGAAUCAUCAGAGAAGAAGGUAUCUUAGUUGGUGGCUCCUCGGGCUCUGCAUUGCAAGCUGCUUUGACUGUGGCCAAGGACUUGACUGAAGACGAUGUCUUGGUUGUUGUCUUCCCAGACUCCAUCAGAUCUUACUUGUCCAAGUUUGCUGAUGAUGAAUGGAUGCAAACCAACGGAUUCCAAGUUGAAGAGACCAACGUUGCUGCCGACAAGGCUGACGACUUCUUGCACAAGCAUACCAUUAAGGAUUUGGUUGCCGACAAGGCCCCUGUUGUGACUGUCACUUUAGCUGAUACCGUUGAAAAGACCUUCAACUUAUUGCAAUCUAACGGCUUUGACCAAUUGCCAGUGUUGAACUCGUCCGGAAAGUUGGUCGGUUUAGUCACCUUGUCCAAGAUUUUGAAGAGUUUGUCCACCAAGAAGGUCCAAAUGACUAACUCCAUCAAGUCCAUCAUCAUUGAUUUUAGAAAGUUGAACGACUUCGAAAAGUCCUUCAACAUCACCAAGGAAUCUGGUUUCACCAAAAGAUCCUACGAACCAAUCACCCUCGAAACUAGCUUGUCUUUGUUGAACAAGUUUUUCGAAACCAACUCCAACGCAAUCAUCACUGACGAUGAUUACAAGCCAGUCCAAAUCGUCACCAAGGUCGAUUUGAUUUCUUUCUUGACUAAGAACAUUCAGUAUUAG